AUCCCUCCCAGACAGUCCCCCAGACUCAGAGCCGUACUCUCCGGAUGGCAACCGCCACCAGCACACCAUGAACGUCUGUCGUCUCUGAAUCAAGCAUGUAAGAAACGGAAAUAUUCAGAGUCCCCGACGGGUACGGUUAACCCAGCCAUGUUACAUGGGAUCAGCGGAGUUAUCAACAUCAAACAGGAGCCUCCAGGUGUGCAGGUGUACAUGGGGGACUGCUCUGGAGAUAAUGAUUUCCAAGGUUACGAUGUAGAUGCAAAUGGUCAAUUUGUGGACAGUGCAUACCAAGUUCUCAAAUGGCAACCGUUCAAUCAGGCUAAAUGGGCAACCCUCACCAACGCGGAAAUGAUAGAUCUAGCAUCACCAGAGUACAGAGUGGAUGCUGAUAAAGGCUUUAUUUUCUCAACUCCGGAUGAGGCCUUCGUUUGUCAGAAGAAAAAUCAUUUCCAAGUUACUGUUCACAUGCGUCUCAAUGGACAUGCUAAAUACGUCCGCACUCCAGAAAGAGUGACGAAAAUAGAUCACUUCUAUCUUCACUUUUAUGGAGUCAAGAUGGAGUCUCAAAAUCAGCAAAUAAAAAUUGAGCAGUCACAGUCAGACAGAAGUAAAAAGUCCUUCCAUCCAGUGCAGGUAGAUCUCACGGCCGACAAGGAGACAAAAGUGACUGUGGGACGCCUACACUUCAAUGAAACCACAAACAACAAUAUGAGGAAAAAAGGGAAGCCAAACCCUGAUCAACGUUACUUCCUGCUCGUUGUCAGUUUGCACGCGCACAGCGGUGACUCGGACUACAUGAUUGUGGGGAGUGUGUCAGACCGAAUUAUUGUCAGGGCCUCAAACCCAGGCCAGUUUGACAGCGAUGUUGACAUCAUGUGGCAAAAAGGUCAGUCCCAGGACUCAAUCUAUCACAUGGGAAGAAUCGGCAUCAACACUGACCACCCAGAUGAAGCCUUGACCGUCCACGGGAGCAUGGCUCUGACCGGAAAAUUGACCAAGCCGUCUGAUAUAAGAGCAAAAGAAGACAUACAGGAGAUUGAUCCCAAAAACCAGUUGGCAAAUGUUUCCAAGUUGAGAAUCUACAGAUACAAAUUUAAAGAGGAAUACGCAGAGCAGGUGGGAAUUCCACCAGACCACAGAGAAGACACAGGCGUUUUGGCUCAGGAAGUCCUCGACACGAUUCCAGAUGCUGUUCAAGAAACAGGGGAUGUUGUACUCUCAAAUGGCGACACCAUUGAGAACUUUCUUGUUGUUGACAAGUAGUGUAGUCCCUAAGAGGGUGAGCACGUCAGAAUCAGACAGAAGCAGAUCCCCACGACGAGAACAGUACAAGAGAGAGGCCAAGAGUCGACGUGGGGAUCACUCGUCUUCUCCCAGUGAAAAGGAAAACAAGAACUCUUCAUUAUGUGUCACGAUGAGCAGAUUCUUCGCCAAAAAAUUAACAAAAGCCGGUCUUUUAAUUUUCUUUUUUUUGGCAUUAUGGUAAGAUUUUUGGCCAGAUUUUUUUUCAAUUACAUCAAAUUUCAUUUGUUGUAGUUCAUUUGUUAACUCUUUAUCUCCAUGGGGGGUAAACUCACUUAUGCCGAGGCCCUUUGUUGGUACUCAAUCUAGAAAUGACGAAAAAGUCACUAAAUAGGUCAUUAAAUCAAAGCAAGGGAACUUAUUUCGAUAGUUCUUCAUCUAAUGAAUGAAAUCCCGAUAAAAGAGACCUGUUUUCGGUAAUGGCCGAAAAGUGAUUUGAAGUCAAAGUUGUCAUAAA